AUGCGUUUCACCGCAGCAUUCGUCACUAGUUUGGUCGCUAUCGCAAAUAUUGCGGCGGCCGUUCCAAUAGCCAGUGCUGAUGAUGCGUUAGUCGUCAGGAACCCGCACGCUGAUAUCAAAGAGAGGGAUGCUCAGCCAGAUGCUCAGGGAAACUAUAAGCGAGACCCUCAGCGCGACGGCCAGUGUUACAAUGUCAAUGCUAAUACUCCUGGCCCCGCUGGCUGUGCAUCGGUGCCAUAA